AUGAACGCGCUUUUUCAUCGCUUUCACAACUUCAUCUUGCCGUUGGUGCGGGGGAAGGAGCGCGUGUGUGCCUGCACCUGCGGAAGGCAUCAAGUCUAUUAUGUCAUCCCAUAUAAUGAGGCCCAGUCCAAGAUGGCUUCCAGAGAAAACAACGUUUUAAGUGACAUCAUGACCCAGCAGGAGAUGGGCCUGAUAGUGGGACUGCUCUUGGGCCUCUGCAUCAGCUGGUUCUUGCUGCUCCUUGACAGAGUUUGGUUCUCAGGGCUCAACUACUGGAGGGCAAACCAAAUGCAUGAUGUGGGUUUCUGGUCGCAGAUGCCCAAAUUCAGCAACACAAAGGACUUCUUCAGAUGGUUACUUCCAAAACACACAGAGGACUCUAGCGGGAACAUGGUGCACAUCAAGCAGGAUGUGUACCAUAAUGUUAAUGGAAGCAUUUGA